GAGAAUUGAAUGCGCUCAUUCUUGAUACAUAUCGCUCCCUGCUGGAAGAGCUGGCCUUUUUCUGUUCCGAUCCGGCGAUAGGCGCAUUAUACUACUUAGUGCUAAUAUACCAAGCAUCCAGCUAGCGUCCUACCAUCUAUUCUAUCAUUGUUGUACUAUAUACGGAGUCAAUUGACUUGCCUCUGAGGCCUCCAACACACAUCCAUCAUGAAGACACUAAGGAGUCACAAAUCGUUCAUAAUGCGAUACUUUCCAAACUACAAACCGUCCCAUGUCGCCUCCCGGUACUUAAACGCAGAUGUCCACCCUCUCCAGCCUAAAAUCACACACAUGUAUGCCACCCGCGACAAAAGCACACUCUGGUGGAUGGUAAAUCCAUCGCAUCUGAUGUCCGUGAGGAUGAAGCGUGUGGUUCGGUCGUGGUGUAGCCGACGAGCCCGGAUGGCAUUCCGGCUAGCGUUGAAAGACCAUGGGUUUGAUGCGGACGGUCGAAAAGCAGGGCAGGAACUGCUAGGUGACUCUAAUGGGAAAGGGGGGAAUGGAAAGAAUCUGAAGGGGCGUGUUGACCUAUUGCUUCAUGCGGAUAUUUUGCGGGAGCCUUUCGAGGUAUUGCGAAAGGAGAUGGAUGCUGGAGUGAGUGCUUUGGUAAAUCAUUUGAAGACGACAAAAGAUGUGGCUCCUAAGCCGGCGAAAAAGCAAAAGAAGGCAGUGGAUGCUCCUGAUGACAAAGGGAAUGAGACAUCGUUAUAACCUUGGCCAGCAUUUCCUUCAUACUAGUAGGGUGGUUCUGGACACCGGUUCGGGUCCGUCAUUGUAUAUAUGUACAACAUCAGUGGAUGAGCAGACGGGAAAUAUACUUAGCCCCCUUGCGAUGUGCCACGCAAG